AUGGAGUCCGUGAAGAGCCGAGCCGCGACGGGGAUGAAGGAGUUUGCGGGGAAGACCCUUGGCCAUGUGUACAGGGCGAUGGAGAAGAAACAGAAUACUGGAGAUGUAAUAGAGCUAACAGAAGAUGGUCGGCCUAAAGAGGCCGCAGAGAAGAAGCCUCCCAUCUUUGACUGCACGUGCUUCGGUCUGCCUCGCCGCUACAUCAUCGCCAUGAUGAGCGGCCUGGGCUUCUGCAUCUCCUUCGGUAUCCGGUGUAACUUGGGCGUGGCCAUAGUGAGCAUGGUUAACAACAGCACCAUCCAUCAAAAUGGAAAGAUCAUCGUCAAAGAGAAAGCCAAGUUCAGUUGGGACCCGGAGACAGUCGGUAUGAUCCACGGGUCGUUCUUUUGGGGUUACAUCGUGACGCAGAUCCCGGGAGGAUACAUAUGCUCGCGGCUGGCAGCAAACAGGGUUUUUGGUGCAGCAAUCUUCUUAACGUCAACUCUAAACAUGUUCAUCCCCUCUGCUGCACGAGUCCAUUACGGCUGUGUCAUUUUUGUCCGAAUAUUACAAGGGCUGGUGGAGGGAGUGACCUACCCAGCAUGCCAUGGCAUCUGGAGUAAAUGGGCUCCUCCACUAGAGAGAAGUCGUCUUGCCACCAUUUCUUUCUGUGGUUCAUAUGCUGGUGCUGUGAUCGCCAUGCCUCUGGCUGGGAUCCUGGUUCAGUAUACAGGCUGGUCCUCAGUCUUCUAUGUUUAUGGAUGCUUUGGCAUGUUCUGGUAUUGUUUCUGGAUCUUUGUGUCUUAUGAGAGCCCUGCUGACCAUCCGUCUAUUAGUGAUGAGGAACGCUGCUACAUAGAGGAGAGCAUUGGAGAAAGUGCCAAGCUAAUGGGGCCUUCUGAGAAAUUCAAGACCCCAUGGAGAAAGUUCUUCACCUCUAUGCCUGUCUAUGCAAUCAUUGUGGCCAACUUCUGUAGGAGCUGGACAUUUUACCUGCUGCUUAUCAGUCAGCCUGCCUACUUUGAGGAAGUCUUUGGAUUUGAGAUUAGCAAGGUUGGUGUGCUUUCUGCUCUACCCCAUUUGGUAAUGACCAUCAUAGUGCCCAUUGGCGGCCAGUUGGCGGACCACCUGCGCAGCAAAAACAUCCUGUCGACCACCACUGUCAGGAAAAUGAUGAACUGUGGAGGGUUUGGCAUGGAGGCCACGCUGCUGCUGGUGGUUGGAUAUUCACACAGUAAAGGAGUGGCCAUCUCUUUCCUGGUGCUGGCUGUGGGCUUCAGUGGAUUUGCUAUAUCAGGUUUCAAUGUGAAUCACCUGGACAUUGCUCCUCGCUAUGCCAGUAUCCUGAUGGGCAUAUCUAAUGGUGUGGGUACACUGUCAGGGAUGGUGUGCCCUCUCAUUGUUGGCGCUAUGACAAAACACAAGACCCGAGAGGAAUGGCAGUAUGUGUUCCUGAUAGCCUCCAUGGUGCAUUACGGAGGGGUGGUGUUCUACGGGAUCUUUGCCUCAGGAGAGAAGCAGCCGUGGGCCGACCCGGAACAGACCAGUGAGGAGAAGUGUGGGUUUAUCGAUGAAGAUGAGCUGGCGGAGGAGACCGGGGACAUCACCCAAAACUAUGGCGCCUUUGGAGGAGCCGCAGCCAAGUCGUACGGAGCGACCACACAGGUGAACGGAGGCUGGCAGGCCAACUGGGAGAAGACCGAGGAGUAUGUCCAGGAGGGAGCACAGGAAGGAGGCUACGGCUAUAGCCAGGACGAAGGAUACUCCUAG